CCAACAGAAUUUCCAGCAGCAAAUUAUCGGCUGGAAUCACCAUCUUGCCAGGAGAUAUUCGACAAGAUGGCCAACAUCAACUAUCUACUCUAUGAGUCUGCAGCUGGCUAUGCUGUCUUCAAGGUGGUCAACCAGGCUGACAGCGUGGGCUUGCAGCUCAAGGAGGUUCAAAACUCGUUGAGCGACCUUGCAACUUUCAGCAAAUAUGUCAAGCUUGAGAGCUUCAAGCCAUACGAAAAUGCAGCGCAGACCUUAGAAAACAUCAACUUGAUCUCUGAGGGUAUCAUGCCCGACACCCUCAGGUCCGUCCUCGAGCUCGUCCUCCCGCAGACAUCCGGCCACAAGUCCAAGAUCGUUCUCGGUGUACAAGAUAAGAAAUUGGCGGGAGAGAUCAGCUCCACCUUCAAGGGUGUUGAGUGCGAGACCAGCGACACGAGCGAGGUGGUCGCCGACCUGCUGCGAGGGAUCCGUGUGCAUGCCGAGAAGCUCCUCAAGGGCCUGCAGGAUGGUGAUCUGGGCCGUGCGCAGCUGGGUAUGGGCCACGCCUACUCCCGCGCCAAGGUCAAGUUCUCCGUCCACAAGAACGACAACCACAUUAUCCAGGCCAUUGCGACGCUCGAUGCUCUUGACAAGGGUAUCAACCAGGGCUGCAUGCGUGUGCGUGAGUGGUACGGCUGGCACUUCCCCGAGCUGAUCAGGAUCGUGUCGGACAAUGCUACCUACGCGAAAAUGGUGCUGGCCAUUGGCAACAAGAAGACUCUGAACGAUGAAAAGCUGCACGACAUCGCGGCUGUGGUGGACGACGACGGCGAGAAGGCUGAGGAUAUCAUCCACGCAGCGAGGAUGUCGAUGGGCAUGGACAUCACCGACACGGAUCUGGUCAUGGUCAAGUCAUUUGCCGAGUCCGUAAGCAAGAUGGCAGACUACCGCAAGGCGCUGUCCAAGUCUCUGGACGACAAGAUGGGCGACGUCGCGCCCAACCUGCAGUGCAUUCUUGGCACGCCCGUGGCAGCCAGACUUAUCUCCCACGCCGGCUCCCUGACCAACCUCGCCAAAUACCCAGCCUCUACCCUCCAGAUCCUUGGUGCCGAGAAGGCUCUCUUCCGCGCCCUUAAGACCAAGGGUGCCACCCCCAAGUACGGUCUGAUUUACCAGUCGUCGUUUAUCGGACGCGCUGGUCCCAAGAUCAAGGGCCGCAUCUCGAGAUACCUUGCCAACAAGUGCAGCAUCGCUUCGCGCAUCGACAACUUUUCCGAGCACCCCUCCGCGCGCUUCGGCGAGGUCUUGCGGCAGCAGCUCGAGGACCGCCUCGAGUUCUACGCCACUGGAAAGAAGCCCAUCAAGAACGAGGAGGCCAUGAGCAACGCCAUGAAGGCGAUCCUGGGCGAUGGUGGCGAUGAUCUCGCCAUCGAUACGGAGAUGAUUGAUGUGCACCCUGGCAAGCAGGAGGACGGCAGCAGCAGCGCCAAGAAGAGCAAGAAGGACAAGAAGGACAAGAAGAGGAAAUCCGACGCCAUGGACAUCGACGAGCCCGCGCCAGCAGAAGACAAGGCCGAGAAGAAGAAGAAGAAGCACAAGGGUGACGACGACAAGAAGGAGAAGAAGAAGAAGAAGGACAAGAAGGUCGAGGCUUAGGACACCCCGAUCCGAAGGAAGCGGAUGGUUGAGAGACACAGACACUUGGCUAUGGCCAAGAAGGAGAAGGCCACCCAGGCCAAAGCGCGCAAGGCUUCCUCUUUGAAGAAGAAAACCAAAGCCUAAUGUGUGCGCUGCCUCAAUCUUCUUCUGCCUCUCUUCCUCCACGCCAUCCUUGCCCCUCUCUUUCUUCAUUUAUCGUCGCUUAUCUCACACCUCUUUUAUUUUCGUCGUCCGUCUCUGUUGGCUGGAGUUAAGAGGGUUGCGGGUGAAAAAACUUUGGCAUCGGCGUUCCUGGAUCUCUUUCUUUUUCUUUUUUUCUCAAUUCAAUUGAAUGCCUUUGCGGGGAGUGUCGUGAAGUUGGGGGAGGCAGGGGAUCGAAGUUUUUUGUGUACCAUCAUCAGUCUUCAUACCCAGGGCAGAUCAUUGAGAUCGUCAUGAUUACUGGAGGCCAGGUCGGUCUCUGGUCGUAUGAUAGAAGGCAAAAGCAAUGAAAAGGCGGCACUACCUUGAA